CCUUAAGUGCACACUGGUGUGUCAUAACUGACUAACGUUCAGCUUUAACUGGAGCAUAGCAUCUACAUUGGAUCAAGAACGUGUCCCAUAAUUCCUGAGUGUCCUCGUACGUGCACGUCAGUUUCAUCCUCCUCGAUGUAUCUGUCCGAGUCCGAACGCCUGUGUCUGCAGCGAUUGCCCGAUGACGUCACUGCGCCAGCGCCCGUGAGUGGUCUGCGUCGGGACGGGGAGCGGAACUGCUGAAGGCUCGACGAGCAACCGGGGAUGAAGGAGAGAGAUGGGGAUGAAACAGCUGGUUUAGGAUCGGCUCGGUGAAUCGGCGAUAGCCCCCCCCCCCCCCCCUCCGCGAAGACACACGGUGAAGCGAGAGUUGUAUGAGGCCGCGCGGAGGAAGUGCUUUGAUCGCAGCGAGGUAGCGAAUGCGGGGCGAGUCGGGGAGGGCUGUCGCUGCUGGCCUUUUUUUGGAGAGGGAAAACAACAUGGCUGCGGUGGAGCUCGAAUGGAUCCCAGAAACACUGUACAACACCGCAAUCUCUGCUGUGGUGGACAACUACAGCCGAUCGAGAAGAGACAUCCGUUCGCUCCCGGAAAAUAUCCAGUUCGAUGUUUAUUAUAAGCUGUACCAGCAAGGCCGGCUCUGCCAGUUGGGGGGGGAGUUCUGUGAGCUGGAGGUUUUUGCUAAAGUGCUGCGGGCUUCAGACAAAAGACACCUCCUGCACCACUGCUUCCAGGCGCUAAUGGACCACGGUGUGAAAGUGGCCUCGGUUCUGGCCAACUCUUUCAGCCGCCGCUGCUCCUACAUCGCAGAAUCUGACGCCCACGUCAAAGAGAAGGCCAUCCAGUUUGGCUUUGUGCUGGGGGGCUUCCUGUCAGAUGCGGGUUGGUAUGGAGAUGCAGAGAAGGUGUUCCUGUCGUGCCUGCAGCUGUGCACGCUCCACAGCGAGGUCCUCCACUGCUACCGGGCCGUGGAGUGCUGCGUCAGGCUGCUUCAUGUCCGCAAUGGUAACUGCAAGUACCACCUGGGGGAGGAGACCUUCAAGCUCGCUCAGUCUUACAUGGACAAACUAGCCAAGCAUGGCCACCUGGCCAACAAGGCGGCGCUGUAUGGCGAGCUCUGUGCCUUGCUCUUCGCCAAAAGCCACUACGACGAGGCAUACCGGUGGUGUAUAGAGGCCAUGAAGGAAAUCAGCCCAGGGCUGCCUGUCAAAGUAGUGGUUGAUGUGCUCCGGCAAGCCUCCAAGGCCUGCGUGGUCAAGAGGGAGUUCAGAAAAGCAGAGCAGCUGAUCAAACACGCCGUGUUUCUAGCCAGAGAACAUUUUGGACACAAGCAUCCGAAGUACUCCGAUACGCUGCUAGAUUACGGAUUUUACUUAUUAAAUGUAGACAACAUAUGCCAAUCCGUCGCUAUUUACCAGACCGCGCUGGACAUCCGGCAGUCUGUGUUCGGGGGAAAGAAUAUCCACGUUGCCACAGCCCAUGAAGACCUGGCCUACUCCUCAUACGUGCACCAGUAUAGCUCUGGGAAAUUUGACAACGCUCUAUUCCAUGCGGAACGUGCCAUAGACAUCAUUACUCAUAUUCUGCCCGAGGACCAUCUGCUGCUGGCCUCCUCCAAGCGAGUCAAAGCUCUCAUUCUGGAGGAAAUCGCCAUCGACUGCCACAAUAAGGAGACGGAGGAGCGCCUUCUUCAGGAGGCUCACGACCUUCACCUCUCCUCCCUACAGCUGGCCAAGAAGGCCUUCGGAGAGUUCAACGUCCAGACUGCCAAACACUACGGCAACCUCGGACGCCUGUACCAGUCCAUGAGGAAGUUCAAGGAGGCAGAGGAGAUGCACAUCAAAGCCAUUCAGAUCAAGGAGCAGCUUCUGGGCCACGAGGACUACGAGGUGGCUCUGUCUGUGGGCCACCUGGCCUCCCUCUACAACUACGACAUGAAUCAGUAUGAAGACGCAGAGAGGCUCUACCUGCGCUCCAUCGCUAUCGGUAAGAAGCUGUUUGGAGAGGGUUACAGUGGGCUGGAGUACGACUACCGAGGCCUGAUCAAACUCUACAACUCGGUGGGAAACUUUGAGAAGGUGUUUGAAUACCACAACGUACUGUCCAACUGGAACCGACUGAGGGACCGGCAGUUUGCCGUGGCAGAUGCCCUGGAGGACGUCAACACUACGCCCCAGCAGACCCAGGAGGUGGUACAAGCUUUCCUAUUGGCUCAAAGCCUCGGCCCCACUCGCCCCUGUCUCGGCUAAUUUUAUGAGAGAAGAGAGGCGGCGGGGAGAGAGAGACACACACACACACACACACACAAGGGCUUCUGAGUGGCAAGACCAAGUACGGCCAAAUGUGAUAUUUCGGUUGUUCAGUUAAUUAGUCAUGCACAGUAAAUCCAAUCAUCACCGGCAACGUCAGUGGGCUUCAAAAUCUCUGCAGACGGCAGAACACACACACACACACACACACACUUAGCUGUGAAAAGAAGUAGAGACACCAUUAUCAAACCUCAUUGAUAUUUAAAACACCCAAGAUGCAACUCCAGAGCGGAUGCAGCUUCACCCCACAGAGCAGACUGUUGCAUUUCUCUGAGAGAAGGAGGACACGUGACUGGGAAGAAAAAAAAACCCUCCAGCAUCCUCUGGCUCGCCUUUUCUUUUUCUUUAGAGACAUUUUGCUUUUAUAUUUAAACCAGUGUAGCUCUGAAUGCCAUGAGACAGGGCCAGGGCCACGCACACGCCGGUAUCCCCCCCCCCCCCCCCCACACUCGUUUUAACCCACACCCAUGCAGAUCACCACUUGGUGGAUCAGAGAAGAAUAAUGUCAGAUAUUUUUGACACAGUUUUUGUACAGUAAAAUAACACAGCAGAUUGUACACUUUUCUUUCUUUUUUCCUCUUUGCAAAUAACUGAGAGUGGACCCUGAGAGAAGUUGUAUUUUGAACUGCCUAUUGGAGAGAAUUACGAAGAGUGGAAUGUGUUCAACCAGGGGGUAUAAUUUAAACAGAACUGCUAUAUAUUUCAUCUUUUUUUAAAUCUUUGUUUCCAGCUUAGUACCUACAAUAAUUAAAAUGCCAACAAUGUAUAUGCAAAAGAGUAUGGUGAUGUAGCCCUUUGUAUAUUCUUUUCUUACUGAGCGACCCGUGAAUGGUGAAAAAACGGCUGCACGCUUUUAUUUUAACCAAGGGACUUGGCUAGGAGCAACAAGAGGAAGAAGCUACACGUACCGAGGCUUGUGAACCUCCCAGAGCUAAUGCUGCGACGUGGCUUUGUGCGUGCGUGUGUGUGUGUGUGUGCGUCUCAGUCAGGAUACACAAACAGAACCAUGGGGCCCAAGUGCUCUACUGAUGAUUACCAGCCUUACACCAACCUGCAGUUAUCUGUCUGUAGACGGACCCUUACCUUCAAGUGCUAAAUAAACUAUUCUACCCUGAAGGGCACUACAAUGGGGACCAAUAUUGUGUGAUUGUGCGUGGUUGCGUGUGCGCCUGUCUGUUUCCUGCCUGUCGACCUGUGCAUCUCGCCUUUCCCUCCGGUCAAAUACCCGGUGAAGGCAACGCCUCGUAUACUUGUUUACUGGACCAUGUUUUUCCAUCAGCUGCUCCAUCUUGGAGCUGAACUCCUCUUUGAUUGUAAUUGGUCAAUAACCCUGUACAAGUAAUCACUUUCUUUUCUUAUUAAAAUUAAUUUUAAUUAAAAAGGAAUGUUUCGUGGAGAGAUCUGAUGCUUUCAUUUCUGAAGACAGAUCCCUCCACCAAACACCUGUACAGGGAAAGGCACACGGUAUUUUCAACAUGGUCUUACCUUUUGGUAGCCAGUUUUCAGAACCAAUGUUUGAGCAGCGCUGCUGUUGUGCUGUCUGUCUUAUAGUUAUGAAUCACUUCUAAUCCCAUUGGAACAGGGGAGACAGUCCUUAGGAAAACUGGCGUAGUACUUGAAUACUACAAAUUAAAUUCUUUUUGUUGCAUUUGUGUGGAGGCAAAAAAAGUCAGAUGGUGACACUAAAUGCCAUUACAGGUACGGUAGGUAGCCAUUCUCACUGAUGGGAAAAUAUAGUCCAGCUUUAAAAGGGACUUCUAGGCAUUGCUAUGUGCAACGUUAGUGGAAAUGUGACGCCUUGGUUCAGAACCCCGCCUCCUUUUUCUAAGUGGAUGAAGCAGACCAGUGGUCGGCCUUGCUGUUGCUCCAGUGCUCUGGGACGCCGCCCUCUCUAGCAGUGUUGCGAGUGGCUCUAGCUGAGGAGGUCCAGCCUUAGAUUCCCCUCCUUCCACUCCUCCCUUAAAAGGGCACUCGGCUCCACUCUCGGUGCUUCGGCCUCAAGUCCACCCCUCGCUGUGGGGAAAAAGGCUUCCAGGGGCAGAGGUGGAAAUGAAUGUAGCCUGCAUUCUCUAAAAGGUUUUACGAAGAUAAGACAAUUUGGACAAUUUACAUUAAAGGGUGUAUUGCUUUUGGCAAAUGUUCCUACAUGAAUGACAAAAACCUCAGAUAUCAUCACGGGGUUACUUGUUUCUCUCCUCCGGUUACUUGACUUGCUUUUAAUCCGAGGUAUGUCAACCUGUUGCAUCGCAUUGUGGUCUAUUACGGCCGCUAGCAAGUGAUUCCCACACCAUCUGCAGUGGAUUGUUCUUUUUCACCGACUAGAACACAAAGCAUCUUCUGUCCAAACUCCAGCUGUACUGUCAACAAAUCACCGGCGUGUUCUUGGUUUGGCCAGCAGGAAAAACUGGACCCAGAAUUGAGGAACAAUUUUGUUUGUACUUUAGGGGGUUCUUCCUUCAUCACUAACGCUGACAAACAGUCGUGCGGAAUGUAGGAGAUGUGCUUCGACAUUACCUACUGGUCUUCGUUGGGAUCUCCUUUAUGUCUGAGAGCAAACGCUGGGGUCUCCGUGUGGAUGGGGUCAAAGCCCGAGGGCUUGAGGGAAGGAUGGUCAAAAGGGCUGUGAUCUCACCAUCAGCCCUGUUUCUCCCUCAAAUCCAGAGGAUCUGACCCACAUGUCCUGAGGGGAUGUUUCACUGUUGUCCUGUUACUUCUUUAUUGUUAGUUGCAAAGACAUUAAAACGUAUAACAUUGAUCACAAAAAGACACAUGCAUUUCUAUCUUGUGUUCGCACCUUAAACCACAAUGUAUUCACAUCCCAUUAGAAGGAAACUUGGUCGUAAAAAUAAACUUACAAGAUCUAUCGAUGGAA